AUGUAAAUUUUCGUUAAGACUUUAACUGGAAAAACAAUCACUCUCGAUGUAGAGGCUUCAGAUACUAUUGAAAAUGUUAAGGCUAAGAUCCAAGAUAAGGAAGGUAUUCCACCUGAUCAAUAAAGACUUAUCUUUGCUGGUAAAUAACUCGAAGAUGGUAGAACUCUUUCUGACUAUAACAUCUAAAAGGAAUCAACUCUUCAUUUAGUAUUGAGAUUAAGAGGUGGUAUGUAAAUUUUCGUAAAAACUUUGACAGGUAAAACUAUCACUUUAGAUGUUGAAGCUUCUGAUACUAUUGAAAAUGUUAAGGCUAAGAUCCAAGACAAGGAAGGUAUCCCACCAGACCAAUAAAGACUUAUUUUUGCUGGUAAGCAAUUAGAAGAUGGUAGAACUUUAUCUGACUACAAUAUCUAAAAAGAAUCAACUCUUCACUUAGUAUUGAGAUUAAGAGGUGGUAUGCAAAUUUUUGUUAAAACUUUGACUGGAAAAACUAUCACUCUUGAUGUUGAGGCUUCUGAUACAAUUGAAAAUGUUAAGGCUAAGAUCUAAGACAAGGAAGGAAUCCCACCUGAUUAAUAAAGACUUAUCUUUGCUGGUAAAUAACUUGAAGAUGGUAGAACUCUUUCUGACUACAAUAUCUAAAAAGAAUCUACUCUCCACUUAGUUUUGAGAUUGAGAGGUGGUAUGCAAAUUUUUGUUAAGACUUUAACUGGCAAGACAAUAACUUUAGAUGUGGAAGCUUCUGAUACUAUUGAAAAUGUUAAGGCUAAGAUCUAAGACAAGGAAGGAAUUCCACCUGAUUAAUAAAGACUUAUCUUUGCUGGUAAAUAACUUGAAGAUGGAAGAACUUUAUCUGACUAUAACAUCUAAAAGGAAUCAACUCUUCACUUAGUUUUAAGAUUAAGAGGUGGUUGA